GCUCUAUAUAUAUAUUCUUGGAAUUAGGGUUUUUGGCUGUAGUUGAACAAUCUCGGCGUGUUGAGCAGCAGCAGCUUCUAAUCUUCCAUCAUGGUGGCCGCAAAGAAGACGAAGAAGACCCAUGAGAGCAUCAACAACAGACUCGCUCUCGUCAUGAAGAGUGGGAAAUAUACCUUGGGAUACAAAACUGUCCUCAAGACCUUGAGGAACUCUAAAGGUAAGCUUAUCAUCAUUGCCAACAACUGCCCUCCACUCCGAAAGUCUGAGAUCGAAUAUUAUGCGAUGUUGGCAAAGGUUGGAGUUCACCAUUACAAUGGAAGCAACGUAGACCUUGGAACCGCUUGUGGCAAAUACUACAGAGUAUGCUGCCUCAGCAUUAUCGAUCCUGGCGAUUCGGAUAUCAUCAAGAGCUUGCCUGGAGAAAGUUAGGUUGCAGAUCAUAGAUUUUUGUUUCAGAGUUUCAUUUUAAUCCACUUGAUUUUGGGUUGUGCGUAGCGAUAUUUUGAACGAACGGUUUCAUUAUAAACUCUUUUAUGUACGAGAAUGCAUUAAUGUCAGUUCAAAUCUGUUCCUGGUUUGUAUUCAUAAUAUCAAUCUUGUAAGGCAUUUCAGACAAGUUUCAUAUC